AUGGCCGCCGAUAGACCCGUUCCAAAAUGUAUCCGUGCGUGUGAGUAUUGUCGCUUGAAGAAGAUCAAGUGUAAGCAACAGAUUCAAAAGUUGACGACGAAUGCUGAUGUCGCAGGUAAUGGCAAGCAACCGUGCAGAAAUUGCGAGCUGCACGACGAGGAAUGCUACAUUGUGCCCACCAUACGUAAAGGAACUCGCGAAAAACAACGCAUCCUUCAAGAGCGACUAGCCAAAGCAGAGGCAAUGCUGGCCGCCGCAGGUGUCAACCUUGACACUCAAAUCAUCAGCAUCGACUUGUUUCCCGCCACCACUGACAAUGCUUCUACCAUCCAAAACUUGAAUGCACCUGGCGCACCAAUGGUCGCGAACCUACCCGGCGGCUCGCCCAGAAUGCAGUCUGUCAACACCGGACUAGAUAAGGUGUCUGAGCAGGCUUUUACUAGCACCUUUUCCCUCGAAUUCGCGUCGAGCGCCCAACCAGUCGAAUCCGCUCAGACGAUGCAAGGUGUGGAGUCUCACGGAAUUGAUCAAGAGCCCAUGACUGUUGAACUCGAGAAUCUGAACAACAUGUCAGGCUACGUGGCCACGGUCGAAUCAUCUCUGCCAUCAGAUGCCUAUCCAACCCGUCACGAGGACGAUCUAGCAGAGAGGCAAAAGGGUCGAGCUUCGACGUCGCCGGAUACUGAUAUUCAGGAGGAUGCGCUGGAGCAUCAUGGUGAGGCAUCGUACCUGUCUAUUUGCUCGCAGGCUGGCAUGAACUGGGCUUCUAAUGGCCUAGGAUUGACUGGCUUUGCCUCAAGCGCUGCUUCUCUAAACUCUCUCGUCUCAAGAAGACUCAAAUUACAAAGUAAAUUGUCUAACGCCAGGACACCCGAGCCAGAUGUCUCGACAGCGUGGAAAUAUACAGAUGCGUUUUUCGAAGAAAGCCUGGAAGCACCCCUCCAGCCUCUCCGACGUGAAGUCUUCGGAACAUAUUUGCGAGCAUUUUUACGAACAACUCCAACUCAUCACGAGGAUCCGGCCUUGUAUGCGCUACGACAUGUCGUCUACGCGUUUGGAGCGCGAAUUGCACACUCUCGCAGACCAUCUGCGAAUGCUUGGAUAGAAGCGCAGCGUAUUUCCUGGAAAUAUUUUGAAAAUGCUCUCGCAGUACAUACACAACUUGUAUACUGUCGUUCGCAACUACAGGCCGUGGAAAGUCUCCUCCUGAUGGCCUUGUUCACAGAAGGUCUCGGAAACCCCAAGCUGGAAUAUAUGCUCAUCAGCAAUGCCGCCCGACUGGCACAGUCCAAAGGCCUGCAUUUAGAUAUUUCUGGGUCUAGUGGACCACGGGACGACAAAGAGCUAGAAUAUCGAAGUGUCCUCUUCUGGUCGAUAUAUUGUUACGAGAAACAUAAUUCAUCUUGUUCAGACCGGGCGUCUGCCAUUGACGACGAUGACAUCAGCUGUCCUUAUCCGUCCAAGCCGCUGCACGGGUCAACAACCAACCUCGAGAUCUUCCUGCAAAAUAUUGAGUUGGCUCGGAUCAAGUCGACUAUAUCGAAGCAACUGCUUGGUGUGAGCGCCCGGCGUCAAUUUCAAGCCACGCGUUUGGAAUCAAUCCAACAACUUGCUAAGCGCCUGCAUGAAUGGCGAAGCCAGCUUCCGACGAAACUUCACUUUGAGCCAGCUUAUGACCCGAAUGGAUCUGCUGAAAAGGUGCGGACGGAGUAUACGUUGUACUACCACCUCGCCUACCAUGCAUCGCUCAUCACCAUCUACGGUGCCGCAGGUAAACCCUGGAUCAAGAACAACUCAAAUAUCGGGCCCGAGCGGGACCAGGUGGCUAGAGCUACGCCGGAGGAUAGCAAGAAUCCAGUUGCAGAGUCGUCGAGAGAAAUCAUUCGCGCCAUGCGGCACAUCCAGAUAGACUCUGCAGCUCCAACUUGGUUGACAGUCUUCUACCCAAUUCUGGGCAUGAUCCAUCUUUUUAUCCACAUCGUGUGCUAUCCGAAUCUGCCCACGGUGCCAUCUGACAUCCAGCUCGUCGAAAUGGCUGCCGGCUACUUUGGCCACCUGGACUAUUCAACGGAGUCCUCUUUUUCCCUUGGCUUUAUUCGAGAUCUCGCUCACUGGGCGCGAGUGCGUACGACAGACGGCAUUACUGAAAAGUCACAGGUAGCCAGGCCUGCAACACAUCCAGUGUCACCAAUGAUAAGUGCAAUGGGUUUUCUUCCUGGGGUUGUGGACGAUUUCUUUUCCAGACAAAGCUGGAUGUCAGACCCAUCCAACAUCAUAUCGGAUGAUUGGAGAACUUUCACCCCUUCUUUCUCGCAGGCGCAAUUCAUGCCCUGGAAUUAUGACUCCAAUACCAUGUUUGAGCAGUGA